AUGAUGUCAAAAUCAUACAAUCUUCUUGAUUUGGCUUCAGGGAAUUUCCCAGCUAUGGGUAAAGAAUUUAAGGAACGGAGGCGGAUGCCAAGGGCUAUGAGUGUUCCUGGGAUGAUCUCAGAACUUGACGAUACUCAGAGUGUUUCUUCUGAUAAUCCAUCAGCUGCUUCGAAUGAUCGGAUUAUCAUUGUGGCAAAUCAGCUUCCUUUGAAAGGAAAGCGAAAAGAGGACAACAAAGGAUGGAGUUUCAGUUGGAAUGAGGACUCAUUGCUUUUCCAGCUAAAGGAUGGUUUUCCAGAAGAUAUGGAGGUUCUCUACGUCGGUUCACUGCGGGUUGAUGUUGAUCCUGCCGAACAGGAUGAUGUAUCACAGUAUUUGUUAGAAAAAUUCAACUGUGUUCCUACUUUUCUGCCCCGUAAUGUAUUGGACAAAUUUUAUGAUGGAUUUUGCAAAAGGCAGUUGUGGCCUCUGUUUCAUUACAUGUUACCACUUUCAACUGAUAGAAGCCAGCGCUUUGACCGCUCUUACUGGGAAGCCUAUGUGUUGGCAAAUAAACUUUUCUUUCAGAAGGUAGUUGAAAUAAUUAGCCCAGAGGAUGAUUAUAUUUGGAUUCAUGAUUACCAUUUGAUGGUUCUGCCAACCUUUAUAAGAAGGCGGUUUAACAGGGUUAAAAUGGGAUUUUUCCUUCAUAGUCCCUUUCCAUCAUCAGAGAUAUAUAGGACUCUUCCUGUGAGGGAAGAGAUACUAAAAGCUUUACUUAACUCUGACAUUAUUGGUUUUCACACCUUUGAUUAUGCUCGUCAUUUCCUUUCUUGUUGCAGUCGUAUGUUGGGUCUGGAGUAUCAGUCAAAGAGGGGCUACUUAGGAUUGGAAUAUUAUGGAAGGACUAUCAGUGUAAAGAUUAUGCCAGUUGGAGUUCACAUGGGUCGAAUUGAAUCAGUUAUGAAAAUGACAGAUGAGGAGAGUAAGGUUAGGGAACUCCAAAAAGAAUACGAAGGAAAAACAGUGCUGCUUGGUGUUGAUGAUUUGGACAUCUUUAAGGGAAUUAAUUUGAAGAUUUUGGCUAUGGAGCAGAUGCUCAGACAACAUCCUAAAUGGCAAGGAAGAGCUGUGCUGAUACAGAUUGUAAAUCCACCUAGGGGCAGAGGGAUACAUCUAGAUGAAAUCCUAGAUGAGAUACAAGAAAGCUGCAGCAGGAUCAACAGAGCCUAUGGGCGGCCUGGUUAUCAGCCAAUUGUUUUCAUUGAUAGAGCAGUUUCAAUCACUGAAAAAGUUGCAUAUUACAGGAUUGCUGAGUGUGUAGCUGUUACAGCUGUAAGGGAUGGAAUGAACCUGACUCCUUAUGAAUAUAUUGCUUGUAGACAGGGAAUAUCUGAUUCUGAAUCAUGUUCUGAUGUUAGUGGAUUGAAGAAGAGUAUGCUUGUAAUAUCAGAAUUUAUUGGGUGUUCUCCAUCACUUAGUGGGGCAAUCCGUGUCAACCCCUGGAAUGUUGAAACAACUGCAGAGGCCAUGAAUGAGGCCAUCUCGAUGAAUGAUGAGGAGAAACAGUUGCGCCAUGAAAAGCAUUAUCGGUAUGUUAGCACUCAUGAUGUGGCUUAUUGGUCACGCAGUUUCUUGCAAGAUAUGGAGAGGGCUUGCUCAGACCUUCUAAAGAAAAGAUGUUGGGGAAUAGGGCUCAGUUUUGGAUUCAGAGUUGUGGCACUUGACCCCAAUUUUAGAAAGCUCUCUAUCGAUCCUAUGGUUUCAGCUUACAAGAGGGCAAGGAGCAGGGCCAUUUUGUUGGAUUAUGAUGGUACUGUAAUGCCACAAAACUCCAUCAGUAAGAGUCCUACUCAAGAGGUCAUCUCCACCUUGAACACGCUAUGUGCAGACUCCAAAAAUGUAGUUUUCAUUGUUAGUGGAAGGGGGAGGGAUAGCCUAAGCAAGUGGUUUACUCCCUGUGAAAAGCUUGGCGUUGCAGCAGAACAUGGGUACUUCUUGAGAUGGUCCCGAAGUGAAGAAUGGGAAAUUUGUGGCAAGAGCUCCGAAUUUGCAUGGAUGCAGAUUGCUGAACCUGUAAUGAAACUAUAUACAGAGGCAACUGAUGGUUCUGGCAUUGAAAAAAAGGAAAGUGCUUUGGUCUGGCAAUAUAGGGAUGCAGACCUUGGUUUUGGAUCUUCUCAGGCUAAGGAAUUGCUAGAUCACCUAGAGGGUGUUUUGGCCAAUGAACCUGUUGCUGUGAAGAGUGGUCAGUUCAUUGUUGAAGUAAAACCCCAGGAUGUGAGCAAAGGAUUAGUUGCAGAAAAGAUCUUCUCAACAAUGGCUGAGAGAGGCACACAGGCUGACUUUGUGUUAUGUGUUGGUGAUGACAGAUCAGACGAGGACAUGUUUGAAAUAAUUAGUGGUGCAAUGUCUAGAAAUAUUCUUGCUGCCAACUGUUCAGUAUAUGCUUGCACAGUUGGACAAAAACCUAGCAAAGCAAAGUAUUAUGUGGAUGAUACUACUGAAGUAAUAAGCAUGCUAGAAUCCAUGGCUGAAGAGUCAGAGGAUUCAAGCCCUUGAAAAAAGAGAAGCAUCUUCCAGAUUUUCCUGAUGCAGAUGUUUAUGAUGAUGAUGAUUCUUUUUCCCUCUGUGGAAUGUAGGAACAUUCUUCCUCAUGAAAGCAUCUUCCAACUUGUGGGAUGGUGCCAUAGUAUGGUGGUUUCUUAGGAAUUUCCUCUUUUUCUUUUCUUCUUUUCUUCCAUCAAUUAUAUUACACAGUAUUGGAAGAAGCCCUCCAGUGUUGUAGUCUCAUAUCUUCAUUGAUGACUUUAGUUCCGAAGAGAAAAAGAUACUGAUUUGUUCUUUCUUUCUUCUCUCUCUAAAUAUAUAUAUAUAUAUUCUAAAACGAAGGGAGAAGAAAUUUGUAAACUCAUGCAACAAUUUUCAAAUUUAUUGAGUACAGUAUUGAAGUGUAUAGGCACAUUAAUUCUUUCCAUGAUAGGUAAUUUUGUAUUUUUUU